AUGGAAGUUUCUGGUGGAAGGAGAGAAAGAGAGGAAGAGAGAGGAACUUGGAAACUCAAGGAAAAGGCUGCAUUUAGGAAUCCGGAUGAAUUUUACUUCAAGAUGGUCAAAACAAAAACCAUUGGUGGAAUCCAUAGGCUGGAGAGUCAGGCAAACAAAUACACUCCAGAAGAACUCAUGUUGAUGAAGACCCAAGAUAUAGGUUACAUCCUGCAGAAAGUUCAAACUGAGAAAAAGAAAAUUGAAAGGCUUACUGCCAUGCUGCACUCUCUUGAUAAUCAGCCACCAAACAGACAUGUGCAUUAUGCUGAAGACAGGUAUGAGCUUCUUGGUCUUUCUUUAUUAGCAAUUAAGGAAAAUGAAAUUAUUGAGCUGGGGAUAUUAGUUGCUUUACUUUGUCCUUUUACAACAACAUGUGAUUGCUUAUGA